AAUCUGAUUCCUGUGUUGCAGCACAUCAUGACCGAACCGGAGGAGAUCGCCACCAUGUCGGGUCAGAAGCUUCCUCUGAAGAUGUCCGUGGACUACAUCUCCUUCUCGGCUCACACCGACUACCAGCAGACCAGCGAGUUCAUCAGAGCUCUCAAACCGCCUCACGUGAUCCUGGUCCACGGCGAGCAGAACGAGAUGGCCCGACUGAAGGCGGCGCUGAUCCGCGAGUACGAGGACAACGACGAGGUCCACAUCGAGGUCCACAACCCCAGGAACACCGAGGCCGUCACGCUCACCUUCAGAGGAGAGAAGCUGGCAAAGGUGAUGGGCGUGCUGGCGGACAAGAAGUGCGCUCAGGGUCAGAGGAUCUCUGGGAUCCUGGUCAAGAGGAACUUUAACUACCACAUCAUGACCCCGUCUGACCUCUCCAACUACACAGAUCUGUCUGUGGGCACCGUGAUCCAGACUCAGGCCAUACCGUUCACCGGACCCAUCUCCCUGCUGGUUAGCCAGCUGAGGAACCUGGCAGGUGAUGUUCAGCAGGUGGAGAAGGUGGAGAAAAUCACGGUGAAGAUCUUCGAAAGCAUCACCCUGGUUCAUGAAGCCGGCAUGGUGCUGCUGGAGUGGGUCGCCAACCCGCUCAAUGACAUGUACGCCGAUGCCGUAGCCACGGUGGUUCUGGAGGUCCAGUCCAACCCCAGCGCCCAGAAGUUCCUGGACAGCAGGAAGGAGACCUUCGACAUGGAGGUGUUUGUGGAGCGCCUGGAGCUCAUGCUGCACGACAUGUUCGGGGAGGACUGCGUGAACUUCCAGGACAGCAGGAAUCUGUGUGUGACUGUGGACGGCGCCACGGCGACGGUUGACCCGGAGACCAGAGCGGUGACGUGUCCGGACGACGAGCCUCUGAGGGAGAUGAUUGAAGUCGCCGUCCAUCGGCUCUUUGACGCCCUCACACCCGCCUUCUGACAGGCCACGCCCACUAUAUUCCAGGAGAUGGUUUAUUUUCUACUGAUUAAGCGCAGCUGUUGUCGGAGCUUCAUUUUGAUUCUUUUUGUACAAAAUAAACAUAUUUUGUCUGAAUUCU